AUGAAAGCAUCUGGCUUGCUUCUUCUAGUCGUGGUGUGCACAGUUGUGGCAUGUGCCGCGGGGGAUUUUUUCGGCACUACGAAGCACGAGAAGGUGCUCAUGAAGGACGUGACGGCACUCACCCUCCGCAAGGGCGAGAUGACCACCGGCCGGCGUUCCUCCCCCGUGCCCCAGUUGCAGUGUGUCGGCUACUGUCCCUACGAACCCGACGUAGUGCAGUGCACCGUCACCGGCUACAACGCCAUGGAGCCUCAGUGGAAGUGCGACGCAGAGUUUGAGGGGGACUACAAGAUGGGCCGCAUUGAAGUGGUGUGCGAGGGGUACGACUACCCCGACGACCCCUACAUCCUCAAGGGCAGCUGCGGACUCGAGUACAGCGUGGAGCGCCGCAGCGGAAGCGCGGGCUACGGUCAGGACAGGGAGGCCUCAUCGUCGGGCAGCAGCCUGGCCUGGCUCUUCAUCAUCGGCAUCGUCCUCUGGGUGGGCUAUUCGAUGUUUACCAGGCCAGCAGCGACUGGCUAUGGCGGUGGCGGUGCUCCCUACGGCGGAGGCGGUGGCGCUCCCUAUGGCGGUGGUGGCGCUCCCUACGGCGGCGGCGGCGGCGGCGGCGGCGGUUAUGGCUACGGUCCGGGAUGCGGCGGCACCCCUGGCGCGGGUCUCGGCGGCGCCGGCGGCGGCCCGGGCUUCUGGUCCGGCAUGGCGACUGGCGGCCUCAUGGGCUAUCUGUUCAACAGGCGGCCCUACGCGCCCACCAACUACGGCUACGGCUACGGAGGUGGCUACGGCGCCCCGAGCUACCGCUCCGGCUACUCGGGCGGCUUUGGGUCUUCUUCCUCCUCUUCAUCGGGCUUCGGCGGCGGCAGCUCCACUUCUUCAGGAUACGGUGGCACCCGGCGGAGGUAG